UUGGCUCGCUGCUUUGGUGUUGUCUCCGCUUUCUUGCUAGCUUCGUGUCCACUAGCGCGCAUUCGCUCGUUUGUUGCCUCAUUCGCUCGUUUGUGGUUUGUACACCUUUUGGGCACCAACCGCACCACCACUCCACUCCAACACACUCCACAUCACAGCACACAAAAUAAUAGUCGAGUUCGAGACGAAAUUUUUUGUUUUAGCCAAGAAAAAGCAGUGCACUGUCGAUGCAAAAGUUUCGACAAUAAAACUAGACCAACUUGGAAAAAAAUGUAAAUAAAAUGUUGUCAACAAAUUUGAAAGUAAACCAACUGCUUGCAUCAAAAAGUCGAAAAGUUGAACGUAUUGAGAGCUUACCAAUAGGCGCACAAUACUAAAAGUGAGCAAAGUAUAUGCAAACAAUCGCGCUUCAAAGUGUCAAAGUACUACACCGAAAGAAAAUUGUUAAAAAAAAAUAAUCAGCCGGAUGAGAUUUUAAAUUAAAUCAAAUCACAUCAGUGAAUUUAAGUGCCAAUACUACUAAAUAGAAAUUUAAUUUAUUCGUAAAUGUUAAAAUACAACUCACGCACGUAUGCCUCUAUAUAUAUAGAUUCACACAUACAUACUUACUUACAUAUGCAAGUGCUGUAAAAUCGCAUUGAAAGCAAAAGUGCAUAAAAAAUAUUAAUAUUUCCUUAUGAUUUUGUCAUGAAUCAGUACACUCCAGAAAUAUCAACUUAUAAACCUAAAGCUAGACAAGCGAUCGCGACAGCAACAAUAACAAAAACAAAGAGCAUCCAGAGCAAUCGAGUAAUCGAUAUCGACGAAAUAGCCAAUAUAUGUACAGCCUGAGAUCGACGCGACGAAAUGUAUUUAUUGGCAACCGUUUCCACAACUGCUGACCAACGAUAGCAACAUCAACAACAAGAGUAACAGGAACUGUAACUGAAACGGCAAAAAAAAAACGACUUCGAUGUCAACCACAUUUAUGUGUCCAGCCACAGCUGUCUGUAACAAGUCGAUUGCAGGUAAAGGCGUAUUAUGCUGUAGCAUCAUUUUCUGCUAACAAAUUUUACACCAAGCCGUUCUUAUUGCCGCAAUUGCCCCCAACAGCUGCCGCUAAUGCGCUCUAAAUAAAGCGAAAUACCAUAAGUGCCAUACACAAACAAAGAAAAGCCGUUAAAACGUAACGCAAAGUAACGCAACGCAACGAAUUCCGUCCACAUAUACUGAGAUUCUAAGUGCCGUUUACAAAAGUAAAAACAAAAUCAAAAAAGUUUUAAACAACAAGCAACGCAUAUAACUUUAAGAAAUUAGUAAUUAAGGAUAUAGGACAUAGUCAAGAAAAGAGCUUCCAAAAGUUAAACGAAACAGACAAGCAGUAAGCAGUAAGUUUAAAGUAGCACUAAAUACAAGAAGUAAAGGGGAAAACAUAUUAACUUAGAAAGCCAUAGAACGUAAAAAAGGAUCAGCGAAGCGUAGCUUAGCAGCAUUGAAAUCAUUUGAAGGCUUAAACGUACAUGAAAGCUCUUACCAACGACGUGGCACACGUGAAAGCUUGUCAUUGCGCUCGAAAGCUCUUGCAACGUUCAAAACGAGUAUAAAAAGCUGCGUGAAAGCUUCGCUCAAAAAUUAUACCACUACGCGUGCCUCAAACUGGAGCUUAAGCAUAAGAAGCAUAAGAUGUCCGCAUCGCCCGCCACCACUAGUGUCAUCACCUCAAACGAACUUGCCAUACAACAACAACAACA